AUGAGUCAGCCGCUUGAAGAAAAUCCCGACCCAGGAAUCCGGAAUCGGGACCUAGGAAUCCAGAAUCCGGAAUCCGGAAAUCCGGACCCGGGAAUCCGGAAAUCUGGACCCAGGAAUCUGGAAUCCGAAAUCCGGACCCAGGAAUCUGGAAUCCGGACACAGGAAUCUGGGAUCUGGAAUCGGGACCUAGGAAUCCGGAAAUCUAGGCCCGGAAAUCCGGAAUCCGGAAAUCUGGACCCGGAAAUCCGGAAUCCGAAAUCCGGACGCAGGCAUCCGGGAUCCGGACCCAGGAAUCCGAAAUCUGGAAUCCGGACCCAGGAAUCUGGAAUCCGGACCCAGGAAUCUGGAAUCCGGACCCAGGAAUCUGGAACCCGGACCCAGGAAUCCGGGAUCCGGACCCGGGAAUCCGGAAUCCGAAGUCCGGACCCAGGAAUCUGGAAUCCGGACGCAGGCAUCCGGGAUCCGGAAUCCGGAAUCCGAAAUCUAGACACAGGAAUCCGGAAAUCCGGACCCAGGAAUCCGAAAUCUGGAAUCCGGACACAGGAAUCCGGAAAUCUGGACCCGGAAAUCCGGAAAUCCGAACCCAGGAAUCCGAAAUCUGGAAUCCGGACACAGGCAUCCGGAAUCCGGACCCAGGAAUCCGAAAUCUGGAAUCCGGACACAGGCAUCCGGAACCCGGACCCAGGAAUCCGAAAUCCGGACCUAGGCAUCCGGGAUCCGGGCCCAGGAAUCUGGAAUCCGGAAUCCGGAAAUCUGGACCCGGAAAUCCGGAAAUCCGGACCCGGGAAUCCGGAAUCCGAAAUCCGGUCCCAGGAAUCUGGAAUCCGGACACAGGCAUCCGGGAUCCGGACCCAGGAAUCCGGAUUCCUUCUCCGGUCCCCUCUCGGGAGCUCCGAGAGGAGAGAACUGAUUGUUCCCUCUACUUUUUCUCUUCCUUUAUAG